AUGGCUUACUGGGGCUGCAAUAGGGAGGCACCUUGGGUAGAGGAGUUCGAGAGCUACCUACCCAGGUCGAUGUUCGGGUGGAUGGUGACUGGAAACGUGCUCGCCGGCGAUGACGGCGGCGGUGGUGCUUGUGUCGUCGGCGGUGCAGGUGAAGGAGAGCUCGGGGUAGUCGAGCGUCGCGCGCACGAGCACCGCGAGAGCGUGAGGAAGCUGCUGGGGAAGCUGUCGUGCUCGGACUCCCCUGGAUUUGGCCGGUCCGCGGCGAGCCUCGAGCCGGCCGGCGGCGGCGCGGAAGGGCAACGACGUUUGGGUGGGUUCUGGUGGGAUUCAGCACGCGUACACCAGAGGUGUCACAGUGGCAGACGCCCACAACGACCCCGCCGUGACAACGACCCCGGCAACGACCUCGACGGCUUCUCCGCCUUCUCUAGUCGGCUUCGGGCCAUUCAGUGGCCCGCCACCUUCAAGCCUACCAGGAUCGAGAAGUACGACGGCGAGUUGGACGCCAAGACGUGGCUGCGCACCUACUCCAUCACCGUUCGAGCUGCACGCGGCGACAACGACAUCAUGGCCGCCUACUUCCCGGUCAUGAUUGGUCCCCAAGCUCUCAACUGGCUCGAAGCGCUCCCCGCCGGCUCCAUCAGCAGCUGGCAGGAUCUUUGCAACGCCUUCGUCCAGUACUAUCAGCCAUCUUGCCCGGGUCCCAAAACCAGAUGGGAUCUGGCCAGCGUCGUGCAACAACCGGACGAGUCCCUCCGCGACUACAAGAGGUAUUUUGCUAACCGUAAUACCAUUACGGAAGCCGAUGACAGGGAUGUCAUCCACUACUUCAACGAAGGCCUCCACAACAUGGAACUAUGGAGGAAGAUGUUCGAGACCUACCCCAAGACCGUGGGCGACAUGUUGACGCGGGACAACCGCUCGGAACGCCGCCGCGACGACCGCCCACCUCGCCACGGGAAGAAGCAUGACCGCGCCGAGUCGUCCAAGAACCGGGACCGCAAGCGUGGCCCCGAGAACACCGUCGCCAUCGCCAAAAGGUCCCAGUUCCGCUCCACCCUCAACCAAGUGGACCUAGAUCGACUCCUGGAUGGCAAGUGUCCUUGGCACAAUGAUGCAAAGCACACCGCCCGGGAGUGCCGAGCACUCUCCAAUGGUGUCAUCAGGGACGACGACCCCAAGAAACCCCGCCGCGAGGACUGCGACAGGCGAGACGACGAUGACCAGAGGGAAGUUUUCCCAGGGAAUUUCCAGGAAGAAGACAGGGCCGUCAACUUCAUAUACUGCGGCCCUAGCAAGCCGUCAUGCUGGCGCAAGCUCAAGCUGGAUGACCGCGAAACCAACCUGGUAUUGAAACACCUGGUUGAACCCCUCCGGUGGUCGGAGAUGCCGAUCACCUUCGACCGCCGCGACCACUGGGUCCACCUGCCCAGGCCGGGUGCCUACCCUCUUGUGGUCAGCCCGGUGGUGAGCCAGGUCCGCCUGGCCAAAGUACUCGUCGACGGUGGCAGUGCCCUCGACAUCAUCUUCGCCAGCAUGUUGUAG